AUGGAUUGUGAUUUGAUGUGGAGCGCUUUAUGUCAAAUUUUAACUGCCAAACAGGUGAAGGGUAAUGUCGGUAAUGAAACAAGGAAAGAGAAAUUUGUGCCAAAGACCAGAAUAGCAACAGCGGAUAGUNUGAUUUUCCACGCUAGAUAUGGAAACUGCUUCUACGGUGAACGUCGAAAUACAAUUCAUGGUGAGUAUUUCAUGCUGAUGGACGACGAGUUUCGACAAGCUGUCCAACUGCUUCGUCGCGAGAGGGGAGGGAAUAUCAACAUGUUCAUGAACAAACAGCCUUGCUACAGAUCAACGAAGCAUCACGACAAACGACCUGAUCUCAAGAAAAAAGAAUGUGCACAGGACUUAGUAGAUUUCUUUGCUGCACAUUGCUCAUCUCACGGCAUCAGGUUGAUCAUAAAUCUCUGCCAGUUGCAUAAAGUCGACAGGGUGCCAACGCGGCCUUUCGAGAAUGAUAUUCGGAACGCCCAAAAAGGAAUGCGUAAGAUGAUUUCUGCCGGCAUUGAACUGAAGGCCAUGACCGAGGGAAGCUGGGAACAACUUGCAGGUCUAGCUAGCAUUCAAUUGCCAGAAUAUCAAGACAGCGAACGGGAGAAGUUAGAUCAACACAUUACCGAAUUUCUGGCGGGUAUAAAAUUCGGCUUUAAGCUAAAACCGAGAAAGCCCCACCGUAAAACCCGCGUGGGAGCCGUAAAAAGACACUGAAAAAGAUGAUAGUCCUGACUGUGUGACUGGAUCGGAUGUUAAGAACGUGAGUUUAAAAACAGCGAAUCCUGUUUAAUCAUUUAAUCAUCUUCACUACCGGCCCCCGGUUGGUAAAAAUAACCCGAGGGAACCUGCAAAAGCAUGUUCCAGCAUUUUUUAAAACAUCAUUUGAAAUAAUUGUAAAUAUGGACUACUAAAUGGGGCCAAAUAAAGUGUGAUGUUGUUGUUC